UGCAGUUGUGAAUGGCGGUCGUUUCAAACCGUCUCAUUCAAACGCUUUUAACUAUGUCAUUGUUUAUGUUUCAGUCUUGAUCAAGACAAUUUAUUUUCCAGUUUUAAUGUUUAUUUAUCUAACCGCCUAGUACUGAAUAUAUUUUAGAGACGUUUCCUGGUUAAAAUAUCAAAAAAUGGGAGUGGAUGAUGAGAAUGCUGGGCGUCGCCGUUCUCGUAGGCGUUCAUCAAUUUUGAAAUUGCCUCUCUCUACAAUAGAUGUAAAUAAGCAGGUUGAAGAAAAGCCAGAAACAAAAUCAAGACGUUCUUCUAAGCGUGUGAGUUUUGCCAAUUAUGCGGAAGUCAAAGAAUUUCAUGAAGUUUCACUGUCUUACAAUAGCAACAUUGAGGACUCAGGAAACAAACAAACAUCUGAAAAUGAGAGCAAAGAACCUGAGGAUAACAAGAUAUCAGAUAUCCAAUCACUGUUGACAGGUGAAAUUAAAAACACUGCUCAUGCAGUUGAGAAUAUUUCAGACCAUGAAAGUGAUGAAGAAAUGCGCAUUGCAGUUAAUCCUGUAAACCAAAGUAUUUUGAUAUCUCCAGAAAAAGUUUCUACUACAACCUCCAGAUCAACCACUGUUUCUCAAACUAUAGAGGAUAAAGAAAACAUCAAUGUUUGCAGAGUUGAUCCUGAAGUGAAAGACUCAGUACCUCAAGCUAAGUAUGAUGCAAACAACACUGAUAAACAAGCACAAGAUACAUCAUUUCUAGAGAAAGUCAUGGCAGAUGUUCCACUAUCUUCUGCUGCUACUUCUUCAGAAAAGAGCUUGUUAUUUACAAAUGAUUUUAAUUGUCCCGCUUCAUUGAGCACUGAACUUUUUCUUUAUAAUUAUGUUCGUGUACAUACAAAAGAUGAUAGCAAGAUUCAAACACCUGAUGAGUCAAACGAAAAUGAUUCUUUAUCAGACUCUCCUCAUUUGGAUAAAUCUUUGUAUCAAGGUAACCAUACUGUUUAUUUUGAUAGGAAUGAUUCAAUGGACUUAACAAAACCUUUGGGAAAAUAUCUCACAGAUUGUAAUGAAAGCAAGGAUGAUAUUGUCAGUAGUCCUGAUGGUCAUAUAAUUGGAUACUACAAUCAAAAUAAUAGCUAUGAUGAAAAAACAAUUUAUUUCAAUAAAACUCAUUAUGCAGCCGGUAAUAUGGACUUGACAUGCUGUAACACCAUAACAAUUGCUGAUUUUCCUGAAAGUGAAAGACCAGUUGAGAUUACCAAUGUGAAGGAUGUAGAAAAUAUUGAGAAUUUUUGUGAAAACAAGCAGUUUAAUAUAGAUGAAAGUUUUUGUAAACCAACUAAAGACCUAAAUAACCCAUUAAGAUUACCAGCAGAUAAUUAUAUGCCACCCUCUUCUAAUAAUUCUAUUGUUCAGCUGCCUAGUCUUGCUUCAAAGAAUAUAAUUGACAAAAAAGACAUACCAUGUGAAUUGAAUGGAAUGCCGUCUGAUAAUUUCAAAUCAAAUAGUAAUGCAAAAGAUGGUCUUGGUUCAGUGAGUGAUUGUAGACCAAGUAUUACUAAUGUAACUGAUAGUAAAACAGGAGCAAAUGUUUUAAAGGAUGAAAAAGAACAUAUUAAGACAGGAUCAAAGAGGACCUGUGUUUCUGAAUCCUCUGACAUACCUUCAAAACAGUCAAAUACAUAUGAUAUAAUUGAACCAGCCAUUAACAAACCAACUGAAAACAAAUCUGAUUUCAAGAACCAUGUUCAGCCAGUGACUACCAGUGAAUCAGUUCCUGAGAAGUUAGUUCUUAAAGAAAGUACAGAGUCUUAUAUGGUAGAAUCUUCUAGGUCCUGUCCAAAAAAGACUCUGGUUGAUACAUCGCAGUCAACUUCAAAAGAAUUGACUGUAACUAAAUCCACCAAAUCAUUUCUAAACACGCAAGAAUUAUUUGAUUCUACUCAGUUUAAUGAUGGUAAAUUUAGUAAAUUAGCUAAAGAACUUAAAACUAGUGCUUCAAAAUUGCCAGCAGAUAACUGUAUUCUACCAUCUUCUAAUAAUUUUGAUCGGUCUAAUCUUCCCCCAAAGAAUAUAAUUGACAAAGAAAACAUGCCAUAUGAAUUAAAUGGAAUACAGUCUGUUAGUUUCAGAGCAAAUAGUACUGCUAAAGAUAAUCUUGGUUCAGUGACAGAUUUUAAAGCCACUAUUUCCAAUAUUUCUAAUACCAGAACAGAAGGAAGUGUUUUAAAGGAUCAAAAAGAACAUAUUAAAACAGGAUCAAAGAAAACAUAUUUUUCUGAAACCUCUGACAUACAUUCAAAACAGUCAAAUACACAUGAUAUAAUUGAACCGGCCAUUAAGAAGCAACAUAUUUCUGGUUCAAAUUUGCCAGCAGAUAACUGUAUUCUACCAUCUAAUAAUUUUGAUCGGUCUAAUCUUCCCCCAAAGAAUAUAAUUGACAACGAAAACAUGCCAUAUGAAUUAAAUGGAAUACAGUCUGUUAGUUUCAGAGCAAAUAGUACUGCUAAAGAUGAUCUUGGUUCAGUGACAGAUUUUAAAGCCACUAUUUCCAAUAUUUCUAAUAUCAGAACAGAAGGAAGUGUUUUAAAGGAUCAAAAAGAACAUAUUAAAACAGGAUCAAAGAAAACAUAUUUUUCUGAAACCUCUGACAUACAUUCAAAACAGUCAAAUACACAUGAUAUAAUUGAACCGGCCAUUAAGAAGCAAAAUAUUUCUGGUUCAAAUUUGCCAGCAGAUAGCUGUAUUCUACCAUCUUCUAAUAAUUUUGAUCAGUCUAAUCUUCCCCCAAAGAAUAUAAUUGACAAAGAAAACAUGCCAUAUGAAUUAAAUGGAAUGCAGUCUGUUAGUUUCAGAGCAAAUAGUACUGCUAAAGAUGAUCUUGGUUCAGUGACAGAUUUUAAAGCCACUAUUUCCAAUAUUUCUAAUAUCAGAACAGAAGGAAGUGUUUUAAAGGAUCAAAAAGAACAUAUUAAAACAGGAUCAAAGAAAACAUAUUUUUCUGAAACCUCUGACAUACAUUCAAAACAGUCAAAUACACAUGAUAUAACUGAACCAGCCAUUAAGAAGCAACAUAUUUCUGGUUCUAAUGAACUUAUUGGGGAGCCCAGAGGGCAAAAUCUUGAGUUUGCUUCAAAGUUAUCAAGUUUAAUUUGUGCUGACAAGAAUGAAUUGAAUGAUUUUAAUGGUUCAGUUGAAAAGAAAUCAGAUUUCGGGGACCGUGCUCAGCCUGUGACUGCCAGUAAGACAGUUCCAAAGGAGCUAGUUCUUUCUACAGUGUCUCAUAUAGGAGAAUCUUCCUGGUCCUGUCCAAAAAAGACUCUAGUUGAUACAUCACAAUCAGCUACAGAGGAAAUGAGCAUAAUUAAAUCCACCAAAACAGUUCCAAAUAGGCAAGAUUUAUUUGAUGUUACUGAAUUUGAUAAUGACAAAUUUAAUAAAUUAGCUCAAGAGCCUUCAACUAACACUUCAAAAUUACCAGCAGAUAACUGUUUUCUGACCUCUUGUAAUAAGCCUACUGAUCAGCCAGUUAAUAUUCCCUCAAAUAUAAUAAACAAAGUAAAUAUACCUGGAGAAUUAAAUAAUAUUGAAAGUGCGAAAAUAGAAUCUUUUAAAAUGGAUGUUCCUGUUAAUGUCAGAGGUAAGACUUUUCCAAAAGAUGAUCUUGUUUCAGUGACUGAUUUUAAACCAAGUGUUACUAAUAUAUCUAAUAGCAGAACAGGAGGAAGUAUUUUGAAGGAUCAAAAAGAACAUAUUAAGGCAGGAUCAAAGAGGACCUGUUUUUCUGAAACCUCUGGCAUACCUUCAAAACAGGCAAACACACAUGGCUCACAGGUUGGUAAAUUAACAGACUUGUCUGAUACAAUUUCCUCUCAAAAUAAAAGUAACCACAUUAAAGCAGCUGAGUCUCCAAUCAAAAAUGCAUCUCAAAUAACUUCCUGUUUGACAGAUCCUUUAGUUCAGUUCUGUGCUCAUGACAGCAUUAACAAUGAAAAGUUGAAAGAUUCUGAUACUAAUUUAAAUGGAAUGAAUGCAAGUGAUGUUAAUAUUUUAAAGACAAAAGAGAAAGCUGUUGGAUUGUUAAGUUCAUCUGCAAGUUGUGAACAGGUAAAAUACAGUUCAGGAGAAGUUACUAAUGAAAAGGAAAAAAAGAUUAAAGGUGACAUAGUUGCAAAAAAAGUUGAUAAUGUUACUGGGAUGCAAUCAGAGAAAAAACGUGUACUUUAUGUUAGUAUGAACACAAGUGGUGUUGUACACUCAUUUAAUGUAGAAAAAUCUGAGGAUUCUGCUUCAUGUUCAAAAGGAUUACAUUUAAUAGAAAAGGAUUCUGUAGAGACAAAUGAAUUUACGCCUCCUUUUCGUUCUAGUUUCACAGAAAAAUGUAAGGAAAAUGUUCCUAAUGAAAUAAUGCCAUCUUCAAAACAGCUUCCAGAUUAUCCUAAUACAGCAGUAGAUGAACAAAAUGCAAUCAGGAGUAAUGCAGACCAAACAUUAGUAUCUUGUAAUAAAGCAGAGAAAUUGUCAGAAAAUGGCAUACAGGAAAAUAAAAUACAAACUGGCAAUAAUAAUAAAAUACAAACUGAAAAACACAAAUUGAGUGCAACAAAUAAUUUGACAAAACUGCAAAAUAAACUGUUCAAUGUUGGGAAUGUCAUAGAAAAUGCGAAUAAAGGUGAAAUGAAAAAAGGUUUUAGUGAUUGUGUUUUGAAAAUAAAUACUUCAGAUGUGCCUGAUAAAUGUCAUCAACCCCAAAUUUCUUCUAAUAAUAAUUCUAAGAAAUCAAAUGACUCUUCUUUCAAUACUUCAAAUGUAUUUUCUCGAAGGCAAACAUGUUCUGAAACAAUUAGCUCAAAAUUAAUUCAAACUUCUUUGAACAGUAGUUCUUUUACUGUUAAUAAGAGCAGUUUGAUGGCUGAGAGCAGUAUACAACCAGAUAAAGUUGUUACAGAGAAGUGUUUGAGAACUGAUAUCAGUGGUACUCAAUAUGAUACAAAUAGUGUAUCAGAGAAAACUGGAUUUGAUUUUGACUAUGCUGAUGUGUCUGAUAUUAUGGAUGAGAAACCUGAUUUUUUGAUUGGAAACAUUUCUCAUGAAGAUGUUUUGAAUUUAUCACCGGAAAAUAAACAACCGCAAUCAUAUUCACAAGUACCUUCAAGAUCUGGCUCCAUGAUGACUGAUAGAAGUAUAACAGAUAUUAGAAACAGCAUUUCCACAGUGAAUAAUAUCUCAGACUCUACAUUAUGCAGUCGUCUUUUAAUGAACAUGCACUUUCCCCAUUUGGAAAAGCCUUUGUCUUUAAUGGAAGUUGAAACAAUUGAAGAUCUUCUGUUUCUGGUUGGUAUUGAUCGAGUAGGGAAUGUUGUAUUGGAGUGUCGGCAAUCUAAUAUAUAUGAAACUUCAGUGGUUACUGAGCCUCAUACCAUUGAAGAAAAAAUGGAGUUAGCUUGCGUACUUCAUCCUGAAUAUCAGUGUAUUUUGAAAAGUCAUGAACAGUUGAAAUCUGAUGGCGAAAGAUUUAUGAAACAAUUUAAAGAUCCAGAGCUUCUCUAUGGUUUCAGAAAUGUUUUAGAAGAAAGGGAAAAGACAAGUUCAAAAGAAGAUAUAAAGAAGCAACUUUUGGCAGAUUUCAAAAUGUGUAAGCAAAGAACUGAUAAGAAAAUGAAGCAGAAAAAAAUUGAAUACUUUAAUGACUUGACUUCAGCCUACACAGAUAAAUUGAAACUGAUGGAAAAAGCCAAUUCUGAAAUAGUGGACAUUACUUCAAAAUUGGACCAACAAAUAGAUAGUUUGGAUAAUGUAUUGAAAGAUUUUGAGGAAAAAAUUGAACUGUUAAAUUCUACAAGUGAAUAUUCUGAAGCUCAAAUAAAAUGUUACAAGGAAGGUAGAAAAUAUCUGGACGAAGCUGAAUCCAUAAAAAAAGAGGAAGGCAUACUUUCUUUGAAAUGCACUCAGUUAACCGCUGAGAAAGUUAAAUUAGUUGAAACCUGCAAAAAACUGGAUGAUACUUACCGCCAAUUACAGAAUGGAGAGACUCCUGAACAAUUGUCCCUUGAGAAGAAAGAUAUUGAACUUGAAAUUUAUUCCAUCUUGUCACCGUGGAAGAUCUGGGAUUUAGAAGACAAUGUUUGUAAAUGUACUUUCUGGAUUGAUACAUUGCAGCUGAGUCUGUAUACUGAUUCACUGAAGAAUGUAACUGAAAUUAAUGUAGUAACAGAUGAAGUUUGGGAAAGUUUGGCAGAUGAUCAUCCUUGGUUAUGCUUGGCACACAAUAUGAGGAAAGCAACUUUAAAAGAGGCAGAAAUCUUCAAAAAUUGCACUACUAUCGCACAAUUCUCAAAGUCGUUGCAUGUGUUCAGUGCUGAGAUGAUGAAAUUGCAGGAUUUGGCUAAAGAGAUCUAUUCUUUAUCUAUAAAGCAUCAUUUGAAACUGCAAAAUAAUUGUAUCACAAUCACAUAUUGCUGUUUAAAAAGCUUGUCCAAAGUUAUGGUGGAUUACUAUGUAGAUGCUGUUCAGUACCCUUUCAGUUUUAUCAAGUUCGAAGUAAAAUACCAGUAUGGACAGAUAAGCUGUGAAGACAUAGCACGAAGACUACGGAAGGUGCAACCAGGUUUAUGCUAUUUCACCAGACUUGUGAAUGCCGUUGACUUAGAAUUGGCUGCAAGCAAGUUUUAAAACUACAAGACUUCAUAAUGUAUAAAUUACUUUCAUUUUCAUUUCUCUAAAUGUAAUUUUAGAAUAAACAUUUAUUCAUUGUCGUGAUCAUUCCGUGGAUUGGAUGUUAGUGGUGAAGUUUCAUAA